UACAAUUCAUUCACGUACAUGCUGACAAUAUCGCAAGGUAUAUUACCUCAGGGAUUGAUUAUUUGCAAGAUUGUAGCAGACGAACUCUAAAGAUGUUGGGCUACGUCGGUGAACCUUCGCUUAUUCUGACCGCGGCUGUGCUUCUUGUCUGCAUUUUGGCGAUCGCUAUCUUUCUUGGAUGGAAAAGGAAAUCCCCUCCGUAUCCAGCCCCAAAGGGCGUGGUGGUGCUGUACCAGAUCGGGAGGGGGCCCUUCUGUCCAAGUGUCUCGCCCUUCCCCCUCAAACUCGAGACGUUCCUCAGGUUUAACAAAAUACCUUAUAUGAACAUUCACUCUAGUCGAUUCUCCAAGAAAGGAAAAACCCCAUGGAUCGAGUAUAAUGGCCAAGCCAUCGCCGACUCCCAGUUUUGUAUUGACUUCCUGUCACGUGAGCUCGGUAUCGACAUGAACAGUCACCUGACUCCGGUGGACAAGUCCAUCUCGCGGGCCUUUCAAAAGAUGAGCGAGGAAAACACGUACUGGUCCAUGUGUUACGAGAUGUUUGCCGUCCCUGACAAGACCCGCAUCGCGGAGGUGAUGCCACAGUAUAAGGGCUUCAAGCUGUGGGCCUUCACAACCGUGUUCUCACGCGUCAUCAAGAAGGAACUCUACUACCAGGGCAUCGGUCGCCAUAGCGACGAAGAGAUCUGGACUAUCGGAAGAGCCGAUCUACAAGCCAUAUCGACAUUUCUGGGUGACAAAAAAUUCUUCAUGGGAGACCGCCCCAGUCAGAUAGAUUGCGCCAUGUUUGGGAUGCUGGCUCAAGUACUGUGGCAUAUGCCAAGAACCCGACAUGAGAAAUUCGCACACGAUCGCCUACCGAACAUCGACGGCUACUGUGAACGGAUGAAGGAGCUCUGCUGGCCAGACUGGGAUAAGCUCUGCUUGAAGCACCCAUCCUACCAGGACGAUAACUACAAGACCUACCACACUGAGUGACCUGACCUUGUAACAGGUCAAGGUCAAGGUCACCGUGGAGGUAUUACACUGCCGUAGAAUAGGUACAACCAAAGCUCCUUACAGCUCGAAAACUUGAAGAAACAUCGUAUCCGUAAAAAUGGGUAAUUCAUGAGAAUCUGUUGAUGUCGGAGUAGACGCAACGACCACCGAAGGUUGAUCCCGUCGGGGCUCGUUGAUUCUAUUCCGUAAUCAACAGAUUCGAUUGAUUUCUCCGACUUCCUAUGUUAUAGUUGAUGUAUUAUUUCUCUAUAAUUUUGCACAAUGACCUUUAGUUGCGUCAGUUUGACGCGUUCAGAAUAGCCAGUGAAUUCCUUGCUCAGAAUCAGCUGCAAGAACAAGAGCAUGACCUCAUGUUUAAAAGUUAUAGAACAUUGUGAUAUACUGAUGGGAAGAAGUAAGGGAACACGUACUACGGCAGCAGAAGAAUGUAUGUUGAUGUUUUAGGAUAAAUUCUUCAUGUUAACGAUGCCGCUUCUUUCCAUAAAGCUCUUCUCGUCUUAAGAGCACUCGUUCCUUGUUAACUGUUCCGUUUCUUCUUUUCAUCAGUAUCUUUAUGUACGUCAUGUAAUAUUUUUUUGAAACAGUACUGGGAAUUAAGGUCUACCGCAUGUGUUCAGGACGUUUUCAGAAAAUCAAAUUCAGUUCUGAUGACAUUUUUGUUUCAUUUAACCCAGUUAUUGUCUUGAGAUUGAAAAAUAUGGUAAAAUAUAUAAGCGGUCAUAUUUAUGGACCCCACUUUCUCUUGUACUUAAAAAACCCAAACAUUUUACGACAUGAAGAAUUUGUUUUGAUGUUCAUGCUGCGAGGGGAGGUAACCCAAAGAGCACCGUAAGCAUGAAAUUACAUAACUGAGAUUUUGCAUUGAAUGUAAACAAAAUGUUUUGAUAUGGCAUUUAUUGAAAUGCAUUGAUUCUUGUUUUUCUUUGAGAAAAGGUUAUUUUUGUAAUUCUUGUUUAUUGUUUUGGAUUGUAUAUGUUUGUAGUUCAAAGACAAAUUAUGUAUUUUUGUAAAAGCGAAUUUUAUUAGUGCAUUGCUGAUGUUGGUAUUAAUGUGUAGCUUGUUACUUGAAAUCAAUAUACAAUAUGUACUUAUAUCUUGUUUAUGAAACGCUAUCUCAGAUUUAGACUUACUUUGUCUUCAUAUUCGUGAUGGAGAAAUUGCGAAACACAAUUUGGUUGUAUUAGAAUACAUUAUGUCUCGGUUGUGUGUAGUCGGUUACUCAGCCUUUAGCUCCUUGUCAAUAUCCCAUAUCCCGCGAGACUUCCCGAGAUUCUAACUUGCGCUAGUCACGUGACGCCAUCUUCCCAAGGCAAGGGCGUUAACUGACUAUAAAAGUCCAGUUUCCACCCUUGCCGAACAAGGCUGAAAAUCCGGAGUUACAUUAAGGCUGGACUAACGAAUCUAUGGAUAGUCCAAUCAAAAUCGUGUAACGAACUAGACAUCCGGUUUGUAAACAAUAUGGAUUUCAACGUGCAGACUGAAGGCUUUGCAAAGGUAAGGCCCGUUAUAUUCGAUAUAGAUUUUGAUUAUCGAUCGGAUCGUCUUGACUGGGCGUCGCCAUUUUGUAUGAAGCGAUUGCAAGGGAUAUGAGAGGUGGAAUCUGAUUGGUCAGAAGGAGGGUCAUAGAAGGGACAUAACUCGUUAUAGCCACUGCUGGCGCUACGAUCGAGCUUGUAAAUUCCAGCCUAGUUCGGCAAGGGUCGAAACUGGACUUUUAUAGCUAAUUAGCUCCCUUGCCUCGUGAAGAUGCGUGACGCAGGACACGAAAUCAAUACAAACUGGCCUCCACUGUAUAGCAGACGGGAACGAUUAGAAACAGUGUAACCUAUCCGCACACCGCUUGACGCACAUUCUCUGUCAGUAAUCAGCUGUUCAACGGGGAUUGUAUACUUUGUCUCCAGAUAAUCUCGACUUUUGUUUGUUUCCUGUUCAACUCACAAUAUUCCAGCUAUAUGACGGCGGUAUGUAAAUGAUCGAGUCUGAACAAGCCAGUCCAGUGAUUGACAUCAUGAGCAUCGAUCUACGCAUUUGGGAUAC